AUGUUUCAGCUGACAGAAGACUGCGUAAUGCUAUCCUUGCCAAACUACGUGCUUGCCGAAGAGAGUCGGCUAGCUGGUGAAAACGGGGCGGUAGGCGUUAGCAGUAAUCCAUCUGCUCCAGAAGUCAGAAGCGAAGGCGUUGAGAUUUUGUGGAACGUGGACGAGACUUCAUUGAUGCGUACAUUAAGCACUAGUUAUAUGGGCGCAUCUGAUAUGGACGCAGACGAAAUGAUGUCAUUCGAUUUAUACAUGAGGGAUUUACCACCAGCAGGAAUUGUUAGUAUUCACUUGCCGGAAACGGAAAUUAAGGCCGGAGAGUUUAACGCUAUCGACUGUGUUAUCGUACUCCAUAAAGGUUACGAAAAGGAGCAGGUGGUAUUCCCGACAAACUUCUAUGACCCUAUUCGAUGUGCACAAAGCGAUAAUCUUCGUGAACAUCUUGUAGACUACACUGAACAGGCUUAUUCGGUGGUAGUUGCGAAGAUUCCUUCAAGCAUACUUCUUGGGUGUCCUACACAUUUUUCUUCUAGUUAUUUGUCCACAUGGCCGCCUCCUGUACCUCGUCCAGUUCCCACCACUCCAAAUAAAUGGCAGCCUCCAAUGUCACCACGACCGGGUGGCUUUGGAAAUCCAUCAGUAUAUCGGGGACCGCCUGAUCCGUCACCUGCUUACGGUGGAUAUCCUCUUCUUAUACCAUUGUGA